AUGGCUCGGCUCAAUGAUUACACGGCUCCCCCCGAGUCGAUCGAAGCUCUCAAGCGAAGAUUUGUGCGACAAAAUAAGGAGAUCGCGCGGGUCAACUCAAUGCAAUCCCUUCGGAUUCGAAGUCUGGAGUCGGAAGUUGCCCAUUUACUUGCAGAAAACGUCUCUCUACGACAGCAGGUGAUUAACGUUACUCAAGAGACCGAAAGGUUGGAGGCGGCGAAAAUGCUCCAUGCUGGGGUUUAUGAGAUCAAGUCCCGACUAGACGCCAAAAUAGCAGAACUGAAUGACCUUGCAUCUGACCUGGGCAUGCUUCCUCGCAAGUCUAGCAAGCUGGAAAAAUCGGGCCCAAAUCGCCCGAAAGCGGCCGAGUCGCGACCGCAAGCUAUGGACCUGGAUUAUACCGGGGAGGAUGGAAGGCUACCUGCCAUUCUGGAAGAUAAAUGCUACCCUCGGAAAACUUUAGGAGCACAAGAAAUCCAGAAUCUCGUGCAGGCGGAUUCGAGCCCUGCUCAGCCUGUGUUGGAGGUUGAUCUAACACAACAGUCCGUCACGGUGGAAAGUCCAUCUCCUAGUAUAACGCUCCACAAAUUCCUGCCAGAGGGCCAACUGGAUCACCCCCCAAUGCCCGAUCAAUACCUCCCACCCACGCUCGAGACACGCAAGAAGAAAAAGGUGACAGAACCGCCGACCUCCGAAAAGAGAGGUUUCACCCCACAGGAACAGAACGCUCCUGGCAUCAACACCACCCGGCCGACGAAGUCAGGAUCUAAACGUAAAUUUAGCCCCGACGAGGAUGGAGCCCUGUCGGAUGGAGAGGGACUUCCAGACUGCGACGAGUUCCAAUUCAGCCGACCGAGCCAGAGUCCUCACAGGCAUACCGACUUUUUGCAGUUAAUGCACCAGGAUACAUCACCUACCAAGACCCCCGUGAGCAUUAAACGAGGAUCGGCCACUGGAACCAUGAAACGAAAAGUUCUUGAACCCAAGAGUGCAAAUGCCAGCUUAAGCUCGCCCAACAAAGCUCGGGCAUCGUUGCAUCCGGAUAAGAAGCUUUCGCUGCCGAUGGUCGGUAAUGAAAAUACCGUGUCACCCCAGAAACCAAAGCAGCUCGAGAAACCUAGAGGCCGUAGCUUGAGUCAGGCGGCACGUCGACCUCGUCCAACUUCUGACCAAAAAGAGAGACAUUCUCAACCCCCAGUCCAAUCUGAGCACCCGACUCUUAUACCGCUCAAGGAUUCUCCAAUCGUCCAGUCUGAUAUCAUGGCUAGUGGUGCGGAUGUGGCAGCGACGUCCCGAUCAUCCCGACGCCGGGGGGCAGUGGUCAGCUACGCAGAGCCCAACCUGCGGGAUAAAAUGCGUCGCCCAACCAAAGAACUGAUUGAUGCUGUGGGACAGAAUGGAUCUCGCCGAUCCUCAAGCUUCCUGCUGGACCCGCAGAGCUUGGAUGAGGCAGGUGGUAUGCCUCACGCAGAAGAGCCGGCGAUCAGCCCAUGUCCACAGCUGAACAGAAUUCCGGUAAACCUAAAUGCCGCUCAUCUGGUCACUAGAGACGAAACAUCACACCAAUUAUUGGAAACCGUGUCCCAACGGAGGCAAUCACGGAGGCACUCGUCUAACCCAAAAACCACCACUCGUGCCACAUCGCCACCGAGGAAUAUCUCCGGGACUGGGGGGUCACCAUCUCCCGUGUGGAAAAAAUCUCCUCCUAGUACAAGUUCAUCUUUCACGCCGACAGAUGGGUCGGAACAUGAUGACCUUGCCUGGAAGAGUUCAGCCAUGGAUGCCGGCUACCGCCGAGAGACUCGUGUGGCGGCCAGAAGGAAGAGUAUGAUGGUGUAA